ACUUACCUGUCAGACGGUCAGGCGUACUUUAUUCUCGGUCUGUGCACAGCCAAAUUAAGCGUAAACAAAUCAAAUGCGUUAAGUUAAACUGUUAGGGUAUACAAGAUGACGUAGAUUUAUAACAGGGUUGUACACACGACCUUCUACAGUUAGCCCAGUCAGCUAGGCGGUUUGUGCCUGACAGGUAAAUUUCAGGGUAAAACGAUGGUUGUUCUGCUGUGAAGUCAUUGGUUGCGCGGUACUGGCGGGGCAUUGUAAAGUUUACGGGGACUGAUAGCUUAAAGGAAAAAUGUGAAAUGUUUACCAUAUUACGCUAUUUGAUCAAACAUCGAAGUCGAUCUGACACAUAAAUGACAGCGAGAACGUUAAUGGACAAGGAAAUGCGUGUAUCAGUGGGAAUGCAGUAAAAAUAUUGUUUGUUUCGUUCAUUUAUAAUUUGGCACUUGACUUUCUUUCCGCUAGCGCUAAGCUAACGUGAAGCGCGCUGCGUUGUCACUCACAGCCAGCUGUAAGUUAGAGUUAGCUGUUAGCUAGCACCGCUCGGAGCAGUUAAGAUGAGCUUUUCACGAGAAAUAAAACAGCUGCAGAAAGCAAAGAGCAAAGCGCAGGGCAGCAACAAUUUAAGAGAGGAAGCCAACAUCUGCAAUCAGCUGGGAGAGCUGCUGUCCAGAAAUGGUAAUUAUGAGGCUGCCAUUAGGGAGCACCAGCAGGAACUGGCUCUCUCUGAGGUGCUUAAUGAUGUGAUUGGACGAGCUGUGGCCAAUCGUAAGAUAGGAGAGUGCUAUGCAGAGAUGGGCAACAUUGAGGAUGCUUUGAAACACCAGCGGUGUCACCUGGACCUGGCUCGUUCUGUUAGAGACCACGCCGAGGAGCAAAGGGCACUGGCCACAAUUGGUCGAACCUACCUGUUUCGUUAUGAAUCAGACCAAUCAAGGAACAGUUUAGAGCAAGCAGAAGAUGCCUUCAAGAAGAGCCUGGCCAUUGUGGAUGACUGCCUAGAAGGGACGGUGUCGAGACGAGAGAUUAGUGAGAUGAAGGCGCGUCUUUUUCUCAAUCUUGGUCUGAUCUGCGAUCAUCUGGGGGAUCCCAAACGUUGCAGCGAGUUUAUCCGGCGAAGUGUCUUUAUUGCAGAGAAGAGUCAGCUGCUGGAGGAUCUCUACCGUGCCAACUUUAACCUGGGCAACAUAUACUUCCGUAAUGGUCUAAAGUCUAACGCUGUGCGCUGCCUUGAACAGGCCAAAGAGUGUGCGAGGAAGAUCAAAGACAAGUUCAGUGAGAGCGAAUGCUUUCACUGCAUUGGCAAGGUGCAUCUGUCUCUUGGUGAUUUCGUAGCAGCUAGACGAUCUCUGAAGAAAGCUCUCCUGCUGGGUUCCCAGCAGCCCCUGGACAGGCAGGCAGUGAAGAAAGCUUUCAAAUAUGCGGACCAGGGCUGUAAAUUAGAAGAAGAGCUCGGGGAGGAUCAGGCCAAAAGACUUAGCUCCCAUCAGGCUGUGGGAGUGGCAGAGCAGCUGGGGGACCUUUACUGUAAAGUUGGCUGCUACAACAAAGCUUUGGAUGCAUAUCAAGCUCAGCUAAAGGGCGCUGAGGCGUUGGGAAAGCCCGCCAGGGAGCUGGCUGUCAUCCAUGUGUCCCUGGCUGCGACCUACACAGACCUGACACAGUAUGACAAAGCAGUGGAGCACUACAGACAGGAACUGGCUUUACGACAGGGCAGCUCUGUUGAGGAGUGUAGCACUUGGCUGAACAUUGCAUCAGCUCAGGAGGAGAGUGGCUGUUCCUUCAAGGAUAUCGACAGCAGCUACAGUAAAGCCUCAUGCUGUGCUCAGAAGUCUGGGCAGGCCAGACUAGAGAAACGAGUGUUGAGGCUUUGGCUGGCAUCCCAGAGACGAUGUGGCUCAUCAAAGGCUGAUGACACAGAGGCAAAGCUGCAGCAGCUGUGUUCUGCUGAGGGCUGGAGACCACAUGGGAGCGAUGGCGAGGAGGAUGAAGAGGAGGCGAUGGACAACAGUGAACCUCUUGAUGACAGUGACGUUGUUCUCUCGGACUCAGAUGAUGAUUUGGAGGGUUACGACAAGAUGGUACCAGGAAGGAGGAAGGCAGGAAGGUGGAACAAGAGGAAUGAAAAGGGCGAGACGUCUCUGCACCGAGCAUGUAUAGAUGGAAACCUGAAGCAGGUCCAGUAUCUGGUAGAUCAGGGUCACCCAGUGAACCCCAGAGACUAUUGUGGCUGGACUCCACUUCAUGAAGCCUGUAACCAUGGUCACCAUGACAUUGUGGCCUUGCUGCUGGAGCGCGGCGCUAACAUCAACGAUCCUGGUGGUCCCUUGUGCGAAGGGGUGACCCCACUUCACGAUGCCCUCUCCUGUGGCAAUUUUAAAGUCGCACGAGUCUUGGUGGAACGAGGGGCUUCUGUCACCCAACGAAACUCCAAGGGGGACACUGCUAUGGACACCCUCCGGCAGUGGCAGAGGACAUACAGCAGAGAGUUGGACCACGACGCCAAGCAGGAGUGCAUUGCCACAGAGAGACUGCUGAGGAAGGCGCUCGGAGGGGGAGUUCCCGCUGCUCCAGCCCCUGCCAAGCCUUUCGAUGCCCUGCAGGAUAGCCAGCUGUUUGAUGCUGAGAACUCUGAGCCGCUGUCGUCCUCUGGAGGGGGCUGUUCCUCCAGCCAAGACUGGCCCCUGACAAACAGGAACUCAGAGGUGAAGGCAGUACCUGCUAGCCCCAAGCCGUGGCAGAGCAAUGGCUUAACACAGCGCCACAGAGCCAGAGGAUCAGAGGCUGCUGUCCUGUAUGGGAAUAACAGCAGCUCCUCAGACAACAGCGAUUCUGACUCCCCGGUCAGUCCUCUCCGCCCCGUCCGCUCUAGACACAGUUUCCCAGCAGCCCCGAGCCAAAAAGAAGUUCCCCAAAGCAAGGACACCAACUCUAUCCCCAGCUCAGGUCGAGAAAAUGUCAGGGAGUCUCCUGCGCCGUGUGUCUUUGCGCGAGAGGAGUACCACAGUGCCAUCCGAGGACUAGGCAGCGCCAAAACUCGUCUCCAGGGUCUGUCACAGCCUCAGUUCUCCAGCACACCUGCUGUUUCGUCCAGCAGCAGAUCAGCCCUGGUUCCAGAGGAGGAGUAUCUGGCUGAUGACUGGCUCGAGGAUGAUUUGGAAGAAAUCCAACCGAAGAAAAAGAGGAAGCUUCGAGCGGAACAAAAUGGGAUUAGAGCGGAGGAUGCUGAUUUAUCUUCAGCAGCAAGAGGUCCAAACAGGCACUUGACCUCUGACACAGCCUGCAGAGUUCCUUCCUCCUCCAGCAGGAGUCUCUCGCUGAGAAAGAAUGGCUCUCUGAAGCCUCAGCAGGUCAAAAUGACUCAGAUACCAGGGAUGGUCAGGUUGGGCCGACGAGAGGUCAGCAGGUCUCAUAGCCCCACAGUUACAGAUGAUGACGACACAAGACCGGAGACGCCUCCACCCCCACAAAUACACAGGCAGCCUCCAGCCUUGCCCACGUCACUGCCUCCACCAAUCAGGAUGAGGGUCAGAGUUCAGGAAGAUGUUUUCCUUAUCCCGGUUCCACAAAGUGAGGCCGACUCCUGCACUGUGUCGUGGCUGUGUGAGCAGGCUGCUCAGCGUUACUACCAGAAAUGUGGCCUCCUGCCUCGCCUCUCUCUGCAGAAGGAAGGUGCUCUGCUCUCCCCGCAGGACCUGCUGCUGGCUGUCCUGCACACCAAUGAAGAGGUUCUAGCUGAAGUUUGCUCCUGGGAUCUUCCGCCUCUCCCUGAGCGCUACAAGAAGGCCUGUGAAAGCCUGGCCGUGGAUGAAAACAAACUUGUCACCCGGCUGUGUGAGGUGCAGGAUGGGAGCUCCUCUGUGUCGGUGUGUGGCCUCAGCUUGGCUCCCUCUUCCCUCAGCCCACUCCUUCGUGCCCUGAAACUUCAGGCCAGCCUCACAGAGCUGCGAAUUUCUGGCAACCGUCUCCACGAUGACCUUCUCCCUGAGCUGGUUGCCACAACAAUCACCAUGCCUCGACUUCGGCUGCUGGACAUUUCUGCCUGUCACAUAACAGGGGAAGGGCUGGAGAAGGCUGUAAAUGCUUUAAAGGGACAGAGCCAUCCGGCGUUUCCGUGCCUGGAGGAGCUCAACCUCAGUAUGAACCCACUGGGUGACAGUGUGUCUGCGUCCCUGUCCUGCCUGCUGUCCUGCUGCCCUCUGUUAGCCAAGCUGUCUCUGCAGGCCUGCAGCCUCACUGCUCGCUUCCUGCAGCAGCAUCGACUGCUGCUCGCCAGCGCUCUGACAGGCACAGGCCACCUGAAAUCACUGUGUCUAUCCCACAAUGCACUGGGCUCCACGGGCUUUGAGCUGGUGUUGAAGACUCUGCCCCUCCACUUCCUCACAGACCUCGACCUAUCUGCAGUGAACAGGGGUACUGAUUUCCUGCCACUGCAGCACCUCAGCAACAUUCUGUCACAGGACGAGUGUUCGCUGACCCACCUGAGUCUGGCAGCGAACGGCUUGACGGACAUCAGUGUGGCCACCUUGGCCAGGUGCCUGCCUUCAUGCCCAUCGUUAAUGAGCUUGAACCUAUCAGGAAACCCAUCUGUUACGUCGGCAGGGCUUCACAGCAUCUUGAUCUCCCUCAGAGAGGCUCAUCGACCUUUGACCCUUUUAAACCUUCAAGGUUGUCAGGUGUGUGGCCCCUGGGACAGUGCAGAUCUGGAUGGUUUGUCAGAGCUGGUCCAGGAUCUCCGUCUUUGCUCACAGGGACUGAACAAGCUGGACCGGCAGGCCUUGAGGCAGAGCUGGAACAACAGUCGGUCACACGGACACUUUAUUGAUCGAAACAGCAAGUUCCUGUUGUCUGCUGCAGCCUCCUCGUAAAGGUGGAAACACAAAAUGUGUUUCAGAAAUGAUGGCAGGACUUUAACACUGACACUGAAUUUUUGAGCCACAUGUAAUCAAUAGCUUGCAUGUUUUAUGAAAUCAGCUUUUAUAAACAAGGAUGCUCUUCGUGUAAGGGUUUGUUCAGUUUGCAGGGAUGGCUUUAGGCUGCACAAUUAAACAUGGCGUCCACAGACAUUCUGUGUAAAAAGCUUGUAUGUAUGCUUAAUGCUUUUUGUUCGCCUUAUUUAUGUGUCUCUGAAAGUGCAUGAAGACAGUUUGUGUGUUAAUUGUGUCUUUUUGUGUCAUGAUGCACCUUUUUUCCUCAACCCACUGAAUCAUUAAAAAAAAUAAAGUGA